UUUUAGAAACACUCCAGGGUAAGCCUACAUGAAACACAGCCCUUAUUUGAAGUGUUUCUGGGUAUUAUGACGCAUACUGUGAUACUCUAUGUUCACAGGUAGAUCAAUAGGUUUUUUGCACAUAUGUAAUAGCUGUCACAUGGUUCGUUGUGAUAUAGCUUUUUUCUAGGGUUUUAGACAUGUCCUUAAUGUGUCUAAACUACUGUAGCAUGUUCUCAAAGGCUUUAGGUUCCCUGUAGGAAUGUUCCUGUAGGAUGCAGUGCCCCAAUUCCUUCUUCCCUCUGAGCCUUCUACUAUGGAAUAUGUUUGCAUCUGGCUCGGAGCUCGCCGGCGAGCCUCAGCCUAGGACAUAAAGCUGUAGUGAUCUGGGCUUAAACUUUUACCCUUAUUUGUUCCAGAUUACUGCCUAUAACAGACGCACUUUCGAAACGGCCCGGCACAACUUGGUCAUAAACAUCAUGUCCACGGAAGACUACCCACUGCCAUACCAGGCAGAGUUCUUCAUAAAGAACAUGAAUGUGGAGGAGAUGUUGGCCAGCGAGGUUCUGGGAGACUUCCUUGGCGCAGUGAAGAACGUGUGGCAGCCCGAACGCCUCAACGCCAUUAACAUCACCUCAGCGCUGGACAGGGGCGGACGUGUUCCCCUGCCCAUCAACAACCUCAAAGAGGGUGUGUAUGUGAUGGUGGGGGCAGACGUGCAGUUCUCUUCCUGCCUGAGGGAGGUAGAGAACCCCCACAACCAGCUGCGCUGCAGCCAGGAGAUGGAGCCUGUCAUCAGCUGUGACAAGAAGUUCAGGGCCCAGUUCGACAUUGACUGGUGCAAGAUCAACCUGGUGGACAUCACCAAGGUGGUCAUGAUCCACAGUAACCGUCCGGACCCAGGUACAGGGGUUCUGCCUGACAUCGGGGAGUACAACCCCCCAUCAGAGUCUCUGAAGAGCAGGGACUUCUUUGCCGACUUCCUCAUCACGUUGGCGGUGCCCUCGGCCGUGGCCAUGGUCCUCUUCACCAUCCUGGGUUACUCCAUGUGCUGUCGGCGAGAAGGGGUGGAUAAAAGAAACAUGCAAACACCAGAUAUCCAGUUAGUACAUCACAGCUCCAUCCAGAAGUCGACCAAGGAGCUGCGGAGCAUGUCUAAGAACAGGGAGAUCUCCUGGCCCCUCUCCACCCUGCCUGUCUUCAGCCAAAGUGGGGAGGUGGUGCCCCCUAUACACCCAGACAACUACGAGACAACCAGCAUGCCCCUGAUGCAGACACAGACAAACCUGCAGAACCAGAUUCAGAUACCACAGCAACAGCCAUCAGGAGAUAGAGAUAAUUAUUGUAUGUCAACAUUUCGGAGACUGGAGGUAAAUGGUAUUCCUGAGGAGAGGAAAGUGGCUGAAGCACUGAACUUGUGACGAGAGAAGCCCAAGAGACAGUGGUGGAGCUGCUUUCUGUCUGUCCGUGUCCCUUUAAGCCAAGUGUUUUUCUAUGUCUACAUCCUAAAUAGAGUACCACUGCAUGAGUCAUAAUAGACAUCAAACCUAGCGGUCAAAYAGGGAAAAGGUUCCAAUCGUUUUUCCACCAUUCAUUUUUCCCAUAGGGGAUUUUAAAAACACUUAUA